AUGCCAGAGUAUGUACCCUGUUCUGCGACUCCGUGCGCGCCCACCGCGGGGAUAAAAUGCGGUCCCAAAGAUGGGAAACCUAUGGAUGGGAAGCAGGAGCAACCCUGCCCUUGCCGAACGUGCUGUUGUGGGAAGAAGCCUAUCGUUAAACCAUGUUACAAACAGCCUAAAAUACCUGCCUCCUAUGCUCCACGGCGUUGUUAUAUGAAACCUACAGCUCCUGUAGAAUCACAUACUACUUAUAAGCUGUCAUACCUUCCUGUCGAGGGAUGCAAAAAUCUACGAGGGGAAGCGAAGAAACCACCAGUCAACUUGGUACCAAGCUGUGAACCGAUGGAAUCUUGUACUGUCCAAAAGUUAUCGUUCCUACCAAAUCCAGUGUGUGUAACGCAGCCCAUACGACCUUGUCACCACGACAUGUGGGGUCAAGGACCGAUGCAGAAUAUUACGACCCAAAGACACGACUAUGUACCCAAGCCGUGUGUUCUACGAGAAAGCUGCAAGCCUCCAGCGAAAUUUCAUUGUGUUGAACAACCAUUUGAAAACCGAACCGUAAACAAACUAUCGUAUUUGCCUCCCGAGAGGAUUGAGGUUGUGAAGUCAUUUGCACCUGAGCGUUGUUACGAGCGCCCCGCUGCUAAAAUGGAAGACAGCACAACACAUAAAUUGAGCUACAUGCCUAACCAGAUAUUACCAAAAGAGCCGAUGCCGUGGGCUUGUAAAGGGCAAUAUCAAAAGCCAUGUCAAAAAUUAGAGGCAAAUACAACAUAUACAAUGAGCUAUCUAGAUUCGAAGAAUGAUUGUCGCCGUAGAGCUAUACUCCCAAGCAGCUGCACAAAUCCCGUUACAGCUUCAAAAAGAUUUGAAACUCAGACUAUCUACAAAAACAGUUACCUGCCAGCGACAGCACCUAUCCCGCAGCCAAUCAAGCCCUUGCCCAACCUCGUCCCUUCGACCGCGCAAAUGGAAGGAGAAACUGUUCACAAGCUAUCGUUCCUCCCGAACCCUGUAUGUGUAACGCAACCCAUCCGACCCUGUCACCACGACAUGUGGGGUCAGGGGCCGAUGCAGAGUAUAACCACGCAGAGACAUGACUAUGUGCCAAAGCCAGCUGCGUUGAGGGAGUCCUACAAACCAGCACACAAAUAUCACUGUGUAGAACAACCUUUUGAAAACCGCACUGUGAACCGCAUGUCCUACUUAGAUCCUGGCCGCGUGCCACUGCCUGAAUCCUACGCCCCGACCAGAUGUUACGAAAAACCCGCGGCCAAAAUGGAAAGCGACACAAUACAGAAAAUGUCGUAUCAGCCAGUUUGUGCGCCGGCCCCUCAGCGGCCGCCAUGGGCAUGUAAAGGACAGUAUCAAAAACCUUGCCAAAAGUUGGAAGGAACAACGAUCUACCGCUCAUCCUUCCUGCCCCCGGGCGAAGACUGCACGGAAUAUAUGGACCCCUGCGCGUAUGGAGACUGUAAACCUUGCAACUGUACGUGUCCCGCUGAAUGCAUAGCAACAGAUCCCUGUUCCUGCACUUUUCCCAAAGCUGAAUGCUGUAGUUAGCAUCACCAUUUAAAUAUGUUACUUUAAAAUUUAAAGGAGUUUCUGAAUCUAAACACAUAUUAUUGUUCGCAAGUUAAACGAAAAUUAUAAUUUCAUGUCAUACACCAACUUGCACAUGAGUCCUUUAGAUUUGUACUUGAUUAAAUGUUUUUGUAAUGUAAAGAUUUUUAAAUAAAGUAUUUUGUACGUUCUUUUAUAACU